GCAAUAAUGCUCAAUCUCUGUGUUUCUUCUUCUUCUUUUGGGCAUCAUCCAACCACUCGCUGGAAGGUGGAAAAUCCACAUACCAAGAAGGAAAGAACCUCAGUUUAUUACAGAAAAGUGAGAAAACCCAAUUCUUCCUAUUAACUCAUACUUCCGAUGGCCCUCAGAGCUCCUUCUUUUUGCCCCCAAAUCCUUUCUCAACCCGUCAAAUUCGAGAGUCAACCCUUCCCUUCCACGAUCUGCCUCAGAAACAGCAGAAAGGUACCAAUUUUGUGCAGCAAUAGCAUCGGUGAUGCUGAGCUUGCUGCGGAUUUAGCAGAAGAGGUGGCAAGGAUAAACAUCAAUUCAUUAGAGCGAGAGGAAGCGAUGAAGAAGAGCAGAGAACUCUUAUUUGGGGAGUUUUGUAAGUAUCAUGGUCUAAAAGCAGAGGAGGUAAAGAAGAGAUGGGGAAAGGUGGAUGAAGAAGAGAAGUUAAAUAUGAUUCAAGGGUUUGUUUCUGAGUGGAGUGUUGCUUUUCAUCCCUUGUCGUCUAGGUCUGUUAAAGAGUUGGUGGAAGAGCAUUUGGCCGAAGAGGUCCCAUCUCCCAUUUCUUAUUCAUCUUCUCUAUUCCCUGCUUUGAAGAGGAUAAUGGGUUUCUCAUCAGACAAUCAAAGAUAAGAGCAAGUCAUGUGCUUUAACAGUACAGCAAUUAACAUUGAUAUGUUUCUUAUAUCUUAUUAUUCUUUUUUGUUUCUUUUUUUUUUUGGUUGAUGAGUGAUUUAGAAAUGAUGGGCUUGCCUUGUUUGGACUUUAUGUUAAGGUUUGAAUACUGAAAUUAUGAAACCAAUUAGAGCGGUUGGUGGGAGAAAUUGUUCUCUAUGAGACUGAGUCUAUGAUUAUGUUAGUUUAAGUCCCUUAUUCAAAGUUUGAUUUUAUUUAUUCA